AUGGGGGAGAGGCACAUGGAGCUCCCUGUCCCCUGGGAUGUGCUCCCGGGAUGCGGUGGGCGCCCGGAUCGCCGGGCGGCCCGGGAGGGGAUUCCUCGGGAGCGGGGGCUGCCUUGGGGCGCCGACGUGCGGCGCUCGCACGGGCUGUGCCCCCGAUUCCGGCCUGUGGACGCGAUGCCAGGCGAUGCCCAGGGCGAUGCCCAGUGCUGGGACCAAGAAAGACGAACGCCUCUGCAUGCUGCUGCCUACGUAGGAGACGUCGCAAUCCUCGAGCUCCUCAUCCUGUCAGGUGCUAACGUGAACGCGAAGGACACGGUCUGGCUGACCCCCCUGCACCGCGCGGCGGCCGCGCGCAACGAGAUCGAUGAACCAAAUUCCUUCGGUAACACUGCACUUCACAUUGCCUGUUACAUGGGCCAAGACGCCGUGGCCAACGAGCUGGUCAACUACGGCGCCAACGUCAAUCAGCCCAACGAGAAGGGCUUCACCCCACUGCACUUUGCUGCCGUCUCCACCAAUGGGGCCCUGUGCCUGGAGCUCCUCGUGAACAACGGAGCCGACGUCAACUUCCAGAGUAAGGAAGGGAAGAGCCCUCUGCACAUGGCUGCCAUUCACGGGCGGUUCACGCGCUCCCAGAUCCUCAUCCAGAACGGCAGUGAGAUUGACUGUGCUGACAAAUACGGCAAUACCCCCCUCCACGUUGCUGCUAGAUAUGGCCACGAGCUGCUAAUUAGUACUUUGAUGACGAAUGGUGCUGACACUGCAAGGCGUGGGAUCCACGACAUGUUCCCUCUGCACUUAGCUGUUCUCUUUGGAUUUUCAGACUGUUGUCGUAAGCUACUUUCCUCAGGUGAGCAGAACGUUGAAUGUCUUAAUUUGCUGUUGAGCAGUGGUGCUGACUUGAGGAGGAGAGAUAAGUUUGGGAGAGCAGAGACUCAUUCAGGAAACAGCCAUGACACAGACGAGGAGCCCCUGAAGGAGUCGAGGCUGAAGGAGGCAUUCUUUUGUUUAGAGUUCUUACUGGAUAAUGGUGCUGACCCAUCCCUCCGGGACAAGCAGGGCUAUACUGCUGUCCACUAUGCAGCUGCGUACGGCAACAGGCAGAACCUGGAGCUGCUCCUGGAAAUGUCUUUUAACUGCCUGGAGGACGUGGAAAGCACCAUUCCAGUCAGCCCUUUGCACUUAGCUGCCUAUAAUGGUCACUGUGAAGCCCUAAAGACACUUGCCGAAACCCUCGUGAACCUCGACGUGCGGGACCACAAGGGGCGGACAGCGCUGUACCUCGCCACGGAGAGAGGCUCCACGGAGUGCGUGGAGGUGCUCACCAGCCACGGUGCCUCCGCCCUGGUCAAGGAGAGGAAGAGGAAGUGGACGCCCCUCCACGCCGCAGCUGCCAAUGGGAACACGGAUUCCCUGCACCUCCUGAUAGACAGCGGGGAUCGGGCGGACAUCACCGACGUCAUGGACAUCCACGGCCAAACCCCGCUGAUGCUGGCGAUCAUGAACGGCCACGUCGACUGCGUCCACCUCCUGCUGGAGAAGGGCUCCACGGCCGACGCCGCAGACAAGAGGGGCAGGACCGCCCUGCAUCGAGGGGCUGUGACGGGCUGCGAGGAGAGCCUGGCCGCCCUGCUGGACCACGAUGCCUUCGUUCUGUGUCGGGAUUUCAAGGGCCGGACCCCGAUCCACUUUGCGUCGGCGUGCGGGCACUUAGAAAUCCUGCGGACCCUGCUGCAGGCAGCCCUCUCUACUGACCCUCUGGACUCCGUGGUGGACUACAGUGGUUACUCACCGAUGCACUGGGCUUCGUAUAGCGGGCAUGAAGAUUGUCUUGAAUUGUUACUUGAACACAAUCCAUUUGCGUACCUAGAAGGAAACCCCUUUACUCCAUUGCACUGUGCAGUAAUUAACAACCAGGACGGCACUGCUGAAAUGCUGGUGGAAGCAUUAGGUGCCAAGAUUGUUAAUAGCAGAGAUGCCAAAGGAAGGACUCCCCUUCACGCUGCUGCCUUUGCAGACAACAUCCAUGGUUUACAGCUGCUUCUGCGCCACCAGGCCGAGGUGGACAUGACUGACAAGCUGGGGAGGACUCCCCUCAUGGUGGCUUCCGAGAACGGGCACACCGCCGCGGUCGAGUUCCUGCUGUACCGAGCAAAAGCAAAUAUAACUGUGCUGGAUGUCAACAAGAACACAGCUCUUCACCUGGCCUGCAGCAAGGGUCAUGAAAAGUGUGCCUUGUUGAUCCUGGGGGAAACCCACGACCUUGGCCUUAUCAAUGCAAGUAACAGUGCUCUGCAGAUGCCGCUCCACAUCGCCGCCCGCAACGGCCAGGCCGCCGGCGUGCCGGCCCUUUGGCCACCCGGCAGGGCCCUCACGGCCGUCCCCGCCGCAGGUCACACCCCCGCCUUGGCCUGCGCCCCCAACAAGGACGUUGCCGACUGCCUGGCACUUAUCCUCUCCACCAUGAAGCCUUUCCCGCCUAAAGACGCCAUCAGCUCGUUCAGCUUCAACCUCCUCAAGAACUGCGGCAUCGCGGCCAAGACGGCCGCCUGCGGCCCCCUGCCCAACGGCGGCAGCUGCCCCUACGGCAAGGAGCGGCACGGCGCCAUCGGCCUGGACGGCUGUUACUCGGAGUAGCGCAAGCGAUGGGUGACCUAAUAUCUUAUUAUAUUUAUUUAGAAAUUCUAUAAAUAUAGGGCACUUUAAAGGAGAACAAGACUGGGCGGCCCUUCCAGAGCGGCCCCACAGGCCGGGAGUUCAGA